GCGGCACAGCGGAGGCUGCUGGAGUUGCCGCUCGGCUUGGAGCUGGCGGGGACGCGGCCGCUGCUGCUGCUGCGCUAACCGGGGCGGGUCCGAGCAGCCGGCGGCACCCGGGCAGGGCUGCCCCCUUCCCCCGCGCGCCUCGGGGCACCCCCAGCCGCUCCGUGCUGCUCUCCCCGGCUGCGCCCCGCCAGGGCUGGCUCCGGAGCCCCGACGGGAGGCGAUGAGCCUGCCCUGGGCACUACGUCGCGCUCCCUCCCCGGCGGUGUGAGCGGCGGUGGGGAAGGAGGGUCCCGCGGCGGGGGGCGCCGGGCGAUCGGGCUCCUCCCUCCCCCUGCGCUUGGCCGGCGCCGCCGAGCUGUGUGCUAUGCUGGACGCGCAGUCCGCCGAGAAAAGCAGCAGGAUGAAAAAGUUGCGGAGAACUUUGUCGGAGAGUUUCAGCCGAAUAGCCUUAAAGAAAGAAGAUAGCAGCCUUGAUGAGAUAUGUGUCACAAAGAUGUCUACACGGAAUUGCCAGGGAAUGGACUCAGUGAUCAAACCCCUGGACACAAUUCCCGAGGACAAAAAAGUCAGAGUUCAGAGGACACAGAGCAGUUUUGAUCCAUUUGAGAAACCAACUAGUCAAGUGAAGAGGGUCCAUUCAGAGAACAAUGCUUGCAUUAACUUCAAAACUACAUCAGCAGGGAAAGAAUCUCCUAAAGUCAGACGACAUUCUAGUCCCAGCUCUCCUACAAGCCCCAAGUUUGGAAAAGCAGACUCUUACGAAAAACUGGAAAAACUAGGGGAAGGAUCGUAUGCCACAGUGUACAAAGGGAAAAGCAAGGUAAAUGGGAAGUUGGUGGCACUGAAGGUGAUUAGAUUACAAGAGGAGGAAGGAACUCCAUUUACAGCUAUCAGAGAAGCUUCUCUUUUGAAAGGACUGAAACAUGCUAACAUUGUGCUGCUUCAUGACAUCAUUCACACCAAGGAGACAUUGACACUUGUGUUUGAAUAUGUGCACACUGAUUUAUGUCAGUACAUGGACAAACAUCCUGGAGGACUUCAUCCAGACAAUGUGAAGUUAUUUUUAUUUCAGUUGCUGCGAGGACUGUCUUACAUCCACCAACGUUACAUUUUGCACAGGGACCUGAAACCACAGAACCUUCUGAUCAGUGACACGGGGGAAUUAAAGCUGGCAGACUUUGGUCUUGCAAGAGCCAAAUCAGUCCCCAGCCACACAUACUCUAAUGAAGUGGUUACCCUGUGGUACAGACCCCCAGAUGUCCUUUUGGGCUCAACAGAAUACUCCACCUGCCUUGACAUGUGGGGAGUGGGUUGUAUCUUUGUAGAAAUGAUUCAAGGAGUUGCUGCUUUUCCUGGAAUGAAAGACAUUCAAGACCAACUUGAAAGAAUAUUUCUGGUACUUGGAACACCAAAUGAAGAUACAUGGCCUGGAGUCCAUUCUUUACCCCAUUUCAAGCCAGAACGCUUUACACAGUACAGCUCUAAAAACCUUAGACAAGCAUGGAAUAAGCUAAGCUAUGUGAAUCAUGCAGAGGAUCUGGCCUCCAAACUACUUCAGUGUUUCCCAAAGAACAGAUUGUCAGCACAGGCAGCCCUGAGCCACGAAUAUUUCAGUGAUCUGCCCCCACGGCUAUGGGAGCUAACUGAUAUGUCUUCUAUUUUUACGGUACCGAAUGUAAGAUUACAACUAGAGGUUGGAGAAAGCAUGAGAGUCUUUGGGAAAAACAAUAGUUAUGGCAAAGGUCUAUCAAACAGCAAGCACUGAGGAGAAUACUUAGACUCACUACGGAGAAUGCAGGAUUACGCUCACCACUCUUCAGGAGGGAAACAGAACCUAAUGAGGGGACCAAUGAUUUGAAGGAACCGUGGCCCUGUCUCCUUUUUCUCUCUCUGGUGGAUUUCAUUCAAAAGAAAACUGAAGCUGGCAAGACCCAGUUUUUCCCUGCAAUUUACUUAAAACCUUGCACGCAUUUGGAUACCUUGUGAUUUCAGAGAACUAUGUGAAGAUUUACCUUUUGCUUACUGGUACAUGGGAUGUACUCUUUUCAGCCUUUUGUGUUUGAUUUUGUUUGAUUUUCCACUGCAGCACAGUGUCUUUGUAAAGAUUUUUAUGCUUACACCAGCAAGGUCUUAAAUACGUUAAGACAACACAUUUGGUGUUCACACUUGUUCAGUAAUGUCUGUACAUAAAAGUCAAUAGUGGCAUAAAAAUGUGUGUUUUCUUUGAGAGUUGGGCAUAUUUUUCAACCAGUAGGGAGGCUAUUUCUAGCUAGAGCAAGCCCAAGUCCUCAGAUUGACUGACAAGUACAGUAUCUUGCCAUUAUUCCUAAAGUGGAUUUUUACCUCUUCAGAAUGUUCACAUCCAUUUUUUUUAAAAACCUGGAAAUAAUUGCAUGUUUAUUUAGAACUCAGAAUUUGGUUAUUCUGCAUAGGCUGCGUAGCAUGCCACUUUACGAAGUAGGCCUGCAGUGAAGAAAAAAUGACAGGACAUACUAUACUAACAGAUACAGUCAUGAAUUCCUUACCCUUUGCUAAUAUAGAUUUUUAAAUAUGUUUUAUAAGUCUUGGCUCCACCUUUACUUACUUUUUCCACACCCUAUUUAACUUCUGGAAUAUUUUUUGAAAAAGAAAACAGAAAGAGCAUGAAACAGAAUUGAGUUUACUUUAGGACAGACACUAGGGUGCAGAAACAGUAUUUGCUGAAUGAGCCACUAAAACUACCUUUGUUGUUUUGCUUCUUAGAAAGCAAAAUGAAAAGUCACCCUGAUCUAAAAUGUUUGCUGUUCCACACCAAAGCACUUUCACUUAUUUUCCUUAGACAUUUUAAUCUGAUUGGAGGACGCCACCAGCUACUGUGUAUUUAAGUUCUUUUUUGACUGAAUCUCUCAAAUGCAAACUUGGCAAACAGUGCAGUCAUGUCAUUUUUAAAAAGGAGACCUCUGCUCCCCUGGACUGGGGAGGCAGGGCUUGAGGGGAACUUGUGGAAUAUGAUCGCCCUAAUGUACGAAACUUUUAAUUCAGAGAGACUGGGAAUGGGGCAAAUCUGCUGUUGAGUUAUAAUGGUGCUUGAACAGAAGGACUUGUUAGGCUAUUUUAUUCAAAACGUAAAGUUCCUUUGCUUCCUGGAUGCAUCAACUGCCAAAAAAACACACUGUUUUAGCAUGUAAUGUUUUGUUUGGAGGGAAGGGGGAAAAGAGUUGGGUUACCGCCCCUUUAUUAAACUCUAGCAGUGUUUUUGUUGGGAACUAGGAAAGAACACCCAACAAGGCAAAUCCUGGAUUGUUCAAAAGCUCCCAGUAGAGGUUUCCUCUUAUGAACUACAGUAAAUAUUGUUCUGUACAUUCAAACACAGUUAUGAUGUGAAAAUAUACCCAAUAGUUGCACAGUCAUUAAAACCAUAUGUCCCCUGUGACAUCUCUGUUGUUUAGAAACUUGUAAAAACUACAUGAAAGCUACUUAAAUCACAAUCCUAUUUUAAAACUUACUACAAAUUCAUUCUGGUACUUACAAGGACAGGAGGUGGAAAAAAUAAGCAGCAAGCCCACUGAACUUUUCAAACUCAUCACAAACUAAAAUUGCCUUAUGUCAUUUGCUUUGAGUUACGUUUCAUUUUAUUUUUUAGAGAAAAAUCUUUUGUACAUUAUCUUUGCUACUUAAAUCAUAUGCAAUCUGAUGUUUAAAAUUAGCUAUUUUUUAAGAAAGGCUUUACUUCAAAAAUCUGUAGAAUUUUUGAAAAUGUAACAAAGCUUUCAAUUAGGAAAAUAAGGGCAGUUUCUUAGACAUAUAUCUUUUACUUUGGCAGCUUAAAUAGGGAGGGUGAGCAAUUAUGUUGCUCCAUGAAACAUCUGGUGGCUUGAUAUAGAGAGUAAUUCCCCAAACUGUUCCCUUCGGAGGGAUACUAGUCUAGCACCUUACUUAUCCAUGGUAAAUCAAGCAUAGCAUUUGCUUAAAUCAAGUGUAUAUCCCUCUCUUCUCUCCCCCUUUUAAACAACCAUUGAAAUCGUUAAUGUUAUGGCCAAAAUGUUCAAAUUUGAGUGCCUGAAGUUGGGUAUGUGAAUUUAGAUUUAGGUGCCUCAAUAGAAAGUGACUCAAUUUUCAAAGGGGCUGAGCACCUCUGAACUCCCAGUAGAGUUUUGGGAACUCAGCAUUCCUGACAAUCAGGUCACUUAUUUACACACCUAACUUCAAACACCCAAGUUUGAACAUUGUGGCCUGUGCUCAUUAGCAGAUUUAUUAUUCUCUUGCGGAAGUUCUGAAAUGUGAGCGUUUCUGUCUUGGUGGAUGGAUAACUUUUAUUCAGACAGCUGAUGGGGUUGGAGUAAGACUUUGAAAAGGUUCACACAGAUCCCCAAACCCACUCAACAGCAGGUAGGGCUCUGAGUUCUAGUGCAACUGCAAACAUCCGGCCAGGUGCCAACAAGCUCCCUAGCCCUGGAUGGUUGUGAUUGUACAGCCCUGCUCCCCCUCCCUCUCCUUCCAGCAGCCCCUACUUAGCGAGUUGUCACCCUGCAAUACCCAUCAACUAGGAACCCCAACUAAACAUUGGAUCUCUCUUUGGAAGGCCAAACAGUCCUCCUGCUGCAGCAUCCUGAAACUGGGUGUUUCCUCCACUGCUCCCCUAAGAAGUGCUGGCUGGCCAUUUUCCCUCUAAAUACAUUCCAGGAGGCACCGCACAGGCCCACUGCUGACCCCCAAAUCUAAAAGGGUCUUCAGAGAAGCAAGAGGAGGCAAAUUGGCUCUGGAAGAGAGGAGCAGGAGCUAGGAAAGAAUCCUCCUCCUGCUGUCAGCCGCUGCAUUCUGUUAGGUAGCACUUCACACUCCAGAGCCCUGGGUUAGCUGCUGAGUAUUGGUAGGAAUGGCCAUUACUCCCUAGAGCACAAUAGUUUGUGAAGCUAUGGGACACUACCUGCCCCUAGUCAAUAAUACCAUGGCUGGCAGCAACAGUGGGAUAAUUUCCCUUCUACCACCUUGCUGGUCCUUUGAUGCUUCCUGAUGUUGAGAGGAGGUGCUGGUUUUGCCUGAGGGAAGGGGGGCAGCUGUCUGGCAUCCCUGAAAAUCCAGGGGAGUGACAGUGGGCCAAUAAAAGUGCAAAGGCAUGUCCUAGCUCCAUAAAGACAUUAACAGUAGGUGGAGGGGAAAGGAGAGGUGGUGAUGGGGAUGAUCUGAGGGAAGGGAGGAUUUCUUGGAAGUUCAGGUCCAUAGAAUGUAACCAUAUACGUUACCAUCUCCAGCUGGCUUUGAUCUUCAGUCCUGCUGGGUUCAGUUCAUCUGUCCCACAUGAACCAGACCCAGCAGGGAGUUGCACAGCAUUAGUCAGGACCCCUUAGCACUAUGAUAGUAUCAUCAUUACAUCACUGCAUAGUUUCCUGGAUUGGGUGGUGGGGUUUUUUUCAGAAAAACAUUGUUUAGGAUAGCAAAUCUGUUCAUGCAGCACAUGAAAACUCUAUCUGCAAUGCUGCAGCCAUUGGGGGCUAUUCUUGCCUUUGGUGUGAGGGAGAACUUUACACCGGGAACUCCCACUAAUGCUAAAGGAUGUUACAAUAAUCAAUUGCCCACUGACUGGUGGGAGAAAUACACCUCAGUGUGUUCUUUGUAAGUGCACACAUGACUAAACAUGUUGUCAAUUCUCUGUUAUGCUUCUAUACAAAAUACUCAUCUGUGAAUAUUAUUGGUUUUGUAACCUUUGUUUAUAUAAAAUGAUGUUUAGGCUGUACAUACUUGGGGGCAAACUAUUGACAUCCCAUAUAAAUAGAAAUAUGUUGUUUUGCCACCUAUAACAAUAAUCUCCCCUACCAACAUAACUGUAUGUUACUGCCUUGCAUUUUUUUUCACAUAAGCAACAAUAAAAGGAUGCACAAAAAAUCCCACCCAAAAAAUGCUUUUGACAGUGCUGCAUACAAAAUCCCUACUCACCAACUUCAGUUGGGCUUUUUGUAUGAUGCAUUAAGAGGCAUUCUUUUUAACAGGGGGUUGGUACAUGAAAACAAUGUUAAUGUAAUUUUAUAUAUAUAUAAAAAUUUAUAUAUAUGUAUAAAAUACAUACACAUACUUCUGAGCAGCAGCAUAGUAAGCAGUACAGUAAAAUAAAUGUGACAUUUGUUACAAUUUGUAAUUUGUCUGUAUUCUGAAAGAUGUAAUGGUUUGUCAGCUGUAACUGUUUUCUUGUAACAUGAUAUUGAAUAAAGUAUAGCAGAAUCUCUCUA